AGCACCGCCUUGAUCUCACGCGCGUGUUCUCGUGGGGUUGUGGGGUUUGGGGGCUUUAUAUUCCACUCCGGACUCGAGGCAAAGCUUAGACUCUGCGUGGCCACACCGCCUGCCGACUCUCCCCUCGUCUCUCCUCUCCCGUCCGAGACUCAGCCGCCGACCAUGUCCGAGGAGGAAGUUUAUGAGGAGGAGGUCGAGGAGCAGGAAGAAGAAGCUGAAGAGGAGCCAGAACCGGAGGCAGAGGAGGAGGAGGAGGCGGAGGAGGAGGAGGUGGAGGAAGGAGAUGAAGGAAAGCCCAAGCAAAAGUUUGUUGUGCCCCAGAUCGUCGCUCCCAAAAUCCCAGAUGGAGAGAGGGUGGACUUUGACGACAUCCAUCGCAAGCGUCUGGAGAAGGACUUCAUGGAGCUGCAGGGUCUGAUCGACGCACACUUCGACAACAGGAAGCAGGAGGAAGAGGAACUCAUCGCCCUCAAGGAGAGAAUCGAGAAGCGCAGAACCGAGCGCUCGGAUCAGCAGAGAAUCCGCGCCGAGAAGGACAAGGAGCGCCAGGCUCGCAUCGCUGACGAGAAGGCUCGCAAGGAGGAGGACAGGGCGAGGAAGAUGGCAGAGGAUGACAUCAUGAAGAAGAAGGCCCUGUCCAACAUGGGAGCAGCGUACGGUGGCUACCUGCAGAAGGCGGAGAAGGGCCGCGGUAAGAAGCAGACGGAGCGGGAGAAGAAAAAGAAGAUCCUGGCCGACCGACGCAAGCCGCUCAACAUCGACCACCUGGGAGAGGAAAAACUCAAGGAGAAGGCCAAGGAGCUGUGGCAGUGGCUCUACGAUCUGGAGUCGGAGAAGUUUGACCUGCAGGAGAAGCUCAAGAGACAGAAAUACGACCAGCAAGAAAGGAACGAAAGGGAAGAAAGUGGGCGGCCGCUGGAAGUAGGCGGCGGGCCCUGGAGCAGCGGCCCGGCCGGAGGCGGCGGAGGAGGCGGCGGUGGCAUCGGCAGCGAGGCGCCUCGCCAACAACUGACAACGGCUCGACGUCUCCCCACCGUCACAACAGUCGCCCGGAAGAACAAAACCACAACAACAAUAACAACAACAAAAACGAAGGAAAAUCCGAGGCAGAACGGAGAGCCGGGAAAAAACCACUGCGGCGUUUUCGUCCCUUGCCAUCACCCGCCCGGGGGCUGACCCACCUCACGCCGCCACCACCACCACCACCACGUGCACCAUCGUCACAAACACCAUUUUAUUUAAGUGCGCGUCUGUCCCACCACGUGCUGUGUGGACACCCGGCGCGGUACGCUUGCGGGGCUUUGUACGCCACGCCGCUCAUCGAUCGUGAUGUCUCGCAAAUGUAGAUAAACGCAAAGUAAAACUUUUAUUUUUCCCUCAUCCCACUGCAGUUCUUUUUUUUUUCUGCUAGGUGUUGGCUUGAAUAGGAUUAAUAAAACUGUUACUAUUCAAAGUGA